AUGGAACAUGACUUUAUCAUUUGGAAGAAUGAAAAGAAAACACUUAUGCCAGUCAAGAAAGUUCCUAAGGCUACUCCCAAGGUUUUGGUGAAACCGGUUCAACCAGAAAGCACUGGAAAUUCAAAGGAGGUUGUCGACUCACAGAGGAAGAAGAUUCUGAUGUCCAAAGAGAAGGCUCGUAAAACCUUUGAUGUGAUCCAACAGAAGGACAGACGCAGUGAGAGCAACAAAGCUGAGCUCCAGGAGGCUCCUGUGAUCUCUCCCAGGGUCAUUAUGGUGAAACCGGCCCCACCAGAGAACGUCAUGGAUGUCCAGAACAAGAGGUGA